GUCCUAUCUUUCAUCACAGGUUCUUUGCUUGAUCUUCGUCACAAUUCUCAACUAUAUCAACACGAAGACAACUCAAAACACCAACAGAUUCAAAUAUUACAAUCCAUGGUUGGAGUUACUUCACCUGAGAAUUGAAGUCCUAUUGUUGGAAAUUUCUUGUAGAAGCUGAAUUCCGCGGAAAUAUUUGACAUUCAGAUCAAAGAAUUGCGUACACAAUAGCGUGAAUACACUUCUGAGUUUCAAGAGGAGAAGGCGCAAACACAGUGGCUUCAUCUAAUUGCGCUGCUUCUGCUGGAUCUGGCCAACUAAUUUGAAUCCGUAAAGUCUCACUCUGGUUUCCCGCGAUCUAAGUGAAGAACGGGAUGUCAGUUAUAUAAAAUUGCCACGACUAAGUCGAUCGGAAUCUGAGAAGCAAAAUCUCCAAAUUAAUCUUCCUUGAGGCGCGGAGAUGGAGUUUUCUCAACCCCGACCCUGUGGAGCCCAAGGUGCUAAGCCCACGCAUGACUUUCUUUCACUUUAUUCACCUCCCCAGCAAGAUCCUACUCCCAGCAUUCCCGGUGGUUUCCUUAAGACUCACGACUUCUUUCAACAAGUUGAGAAAGAAGGAAAUAAGUUUGACCAUAUUCUUCCUGGGGGAAUAGCGACAUACAGCAUUAGUCAAAUAUCAUCAUCAUCAUAUUCAUAUAUGAAUAUGAAUCAAAUUCAAAGCCAAAAGGGAGUGGUUUCACGUUUUGGGGAGAAUCUAAUGUAA